CUGAGAGAGGUAGUAACAAAAUGGUAGAAGGCAGGGACUUACAAGAGCUGACAAGCAGGAACACAGAGUACAGAACAGAUUCAACCUAAUGGUGUCGGUAGGAACAUUUAUAGUUGAGAGUUACUUAUGGGAGGGCGGUCGUAAACAAAAAAUUGAAGUCAGGGUGGAGGCGCUUAAAGGAACACAGAGCAGAGGACAGCUUCAACCUGAAGGUGUAGUUUCCACAGACUGACCAUGGCUGAGUACAAGCUAGAGGUCACAACGGGUGACAUGAAAUAUUCAGGAACAAAUGACCACAUAUACGUCACAUUAUUUGGCACUGAAGGGCAGAGUGAGAGAACCGAGUUGGACAACUUUGGAACUGACUUUUCGACUGGGACAACAGGAACUUACACCCUGAGCACCAAUCUGUCUCUGGAGAAACUUCUGCUCAUCAAGGUGGAGAAAGAUCCUUUUUGCUAUCUCCCAGAAGAUGAGUGGUACCUCUCCAAGAUAGUGGUGACGACUCCUGAAGGAGAAGCCAUUCUUUUCCCCUGUUACAGAUGGAUCUCUAGAGGAGAACUGGUGGAGCUCAGAGGAGGAAGAGCCUUGAAGGGUUUUGAGGAGGACCAUCCCGUUAUGAUUGAACACCGCGAAAAAGAGCUGAUACUUAAAAAGAGCUUUUACCAAUGGAAGAUUUUGGCUGAAGGACUACCCCACAUCAACCAUUUCAAUAAUGUGUUGGAGCUCCCAGCUGAAAUCCGCUUCUCUCAUUCCAAAUCAUCUGAAAUAGAUUAUGAGAAAAUGAAAACUGGUAUUGAGCUGGAACUCAAGGGACUGCUUGGAUCUGCUGAAAAAUGGGAAAGCAUUGAAGACAUGAACAAAAUCUUCUGGUGGAAAAAGACAACAAUGACAGAGUAUGUUAGCGAGCACUGGAAGGAAGAUGACUUUUAUGGAUUCCAGUUCCUGAACGGACUCAAUCCCAAAGUGAUCAAGCGCUGCUCAGAGCUUCCCCCAAACUUUCCAGUCACAGAGGAGAUGGUGAAGCCGUUCCUGGAAGAGGGAAGCUCUCUGCAGGAGGAAGUGAAGAAAGGCAAUAUAUUCCUCUCUGACCAUAAGAAGAUGGAAGGAAUACCCCCGAGAGCCUAUAAUGGAAAACCUCUGCACGUGACUGCUGGUCUCUGUUUGCUCUACUUGAACCCAGAAAACAAACUGAUGCCCAUUGCAAUACAGUUGCAUCAACAACCUUCUGAGCAGAACCCCAUCUUUCUGCCCAGUGACUCAGAGACUGACUGGCUGCUCGCCAAGAUGUUUAUUAAAAAUGUUGUUUCCAUGGAUCAUCAAGCAGUCCAACACCUCAUGAAAACUCACUUUCUGGCAGAGGUCUAUACUGUUGCUGCUCUCCGCAAAUUCUCUGUGAUUCAUCCCCUCUAUAAGCUGCUGAUUCCACACUUCAAGUCUACUCUGUACAUAAACACUGGAGGCCGCAAAAAUCUUUUUGGACCUGAUGGGGCUUUCAGUAUUAGUUCACUUGGAUAUGACGGACUGACAGAGCUCAUGAGAAGGGCUCUCUCUGAAACGACCUACAGCUCCCUCUGUCUGCCAGAGGACAUCACUGCACGAGGACUGGAAUCCAUCCCCAACUUCUACUACAGAGAUGAUGGCCUGAAGCUGUGGGACAUCAUCAACAGCUUCGUGAAGGCAGUAGUGGAGUACUACUAUCCCUCAGACAGUGAAGUGCGUAAAGACAAUGAGCUGCAGGAAUGGAUCAGUGAGAUAUUCACACAUGGCUUCUUGGGAAACAAAGCCUCAGGGUCUCCAGAGAGCUUUCAUACUGUCGAGGAGGUGAUCAAAUUCAUCACCAUGGUGAUCUUCACAGUGACGGCUCAACAUGCUGCAGUAAACAAUGGGCAGUUUGACUACUACUCCUGGAUGCCAAAUGGCUCACUUCUGCUGCGCAAACCUCCUCCAACCACUAAGGGGCAGUCAAGCAUGGAGACAAUUUUGGAGACUCUCCCAAAUGUUGGUGAGACAGUCAACUUUGGAGCACUCGGUUGGAUACUUUCAGAGACAUACUCUGACAUGGUUCCCAUGGGUUCAUACCCCGAUGAACGAUUCCAGGAGCCUGCUCCAAAGCAGAUGAUUAAAGAAUUUCAAGCAGAGUUGUCCAACCUCAGUGAAGCAAUUGCAACAAGGAACUUGCAGCUUGAAAUACCUUACAGCUACCUGGACCCUGCUCAUAUCGAGAACAGUAUUGCUAUUUAACUCAAGCUGUUUUAUCUCUCUGCAUGAAGCAACUAUAUCAAUACCUUUUAACACCUGUUUUGCAUGCUGGGUUGUGGGUUACAUUCUGACUAUACUCUAGGCUGUAUCAUGUUAAGUCGGCCUAUGAUGGGGUACCUGUAUCUUUGUGUGAAUCGUGUUUUACAUAGACAUGUAGAAAUAAGUUAAAUGAGCAGUUUUGAUAGGACAUAUUUGAGCUUGGACUGAUAUGCAUCAAAGAGGUCAAAGUCCAAAAUAACAGAUACUUGACUAUCAAGGCUAGCUAAUUUCCUGAUGUUUAUCUUUUUUUAAAGUACCCUGUUCACUCGUUAAAUGAGUUGAAGUUAAAAUCAAAAGGGAACUUCUAUUGUGAGUCAGAAGAAUGUUAAGCCAUUGCAAUUUGCGUUUCAUAUGCGUUUUCAUGCUGUUUUAGGGUAUUUAACAUACUUGUUUUGUCUGCAAUAAUUAUAUAUUUCAGCUUUAUUUAGCACUACUAAUGCCUGACAAUAUUGAGCUAACAACCUUAAAAAUGUAGAAGGGUUAUUCAAGCUGUCAGACCUAAGUCUGAUUUAGCUUUGAAAAAUAGGACAUUAGAUAUCUAAAAAGUAUCCAACCCAAGUUUUGGAUUGCAGUUGCCCUAGCAAGAUUUAGCUCUGAAAGACAAUAUGUGAACCAUGUCUUCAAUCUUCAAUCUUCUAAAAAAAAAUUAUAUUAUCUUUGUGUUUGACAUCAUGGUGGUGCAGGGGUCUUGUGUUGGGGCACACUUCACCAGAACCUGUAUUUAAGGCAUAAUCUUUGGCAUUGUUUGCAGUUAAAAUUAAAACGGCAUGGGAUUCAAUUGUGUCAUUCAGUGUGUCACAUACUUAUUAGAGAUGUAAAAGUCAACAUGAUUUGAGCAUGAGUAAAAAUGUAUGCAAUUAGUGACAAAAACACAACUUUAAUAGGAUUACUUCAUUGGUAAUUCUACUCACAAGCAAGCCAUUUGUUUUUUUUUAAGCAAAAGCUAAAACAUCCUUCAUGCCUGUCAGAACAUCACCAGCUACACCUGGCCUUUCAGGAAGUUAAACCUGCCUCAGGACAGUAACCGACUACAACGGAAAGUCAGGAAUGCAAAAAAUGCAAUGGUGAAACACACCUUUAUUAUUAUGUCAAUGCACAGAGAGGGAGGUAGAAGUCAGGGUGGAGGGGCUUAAAGGAGCCAACAAGCCUGAACUUAGAGUAGAUACAAUCUGAAGAUGUUUGUCAGAACUUCACUUAUCUUUCCUCAUCAUCUAACAGUUGAUAAUCCAAAUACGACACUUGUAGUAAUGCAAACAAGAGAAUCCUAGACAAUGUUAAGUGUUAACAAGGUGUUUUGAUGCCAGUUGAGAAAAAAUUUCAAAACCCCUCUCAGACAAUAUUGCUGAGUUAUGGUGACAGCAUUAUAGUACCUUAUUCAACUGUAUCAAAAGUGACUUAUAUAAAGGUGGCCAAUAUUGAGAGUAAUGUGCCAACGACGAUUAUGUCACAUGAGGUGUACCAAGCUAUAAAUAAGCUGACUGAUGGCAAAGCAAGUGGUUUAGACCAUAUUACUGCUGAACACCUUAAAUAUGCUCGUCCGAGGAUAGCUCCUCUUCUUGCCAUUUGUUUUACUGGCUUUGUGACGCAUGGCUUGUUACCAGACUCAAUGCUGUCGGUUCUGUUAGUGCCUGUCAUUAAAAACAGAGCUAGGUAGUAGGUAGCCUAGAUAAUUACAGGCCCAUUGCACUGACUUGUGUAUAUGCCUUAAAGGAAAUUGUCAACAAAUAUAGAAAUCAAAACUCA